UUAUGAUCCGUCAAGUUUUUUCAUUUAUAAUUUAAAUGAAAAACUUUAUACAAAUUAUAUGAUAUUAUUGGCAAUCGUUACAAUAUUAGGAUUACAAGUUCAAUAUAGUUUUCAUUUUAAACCAGUGGACACUGAUUCAUUCAUCAUCAUUUAUGAAUUGACCGUGAAAACAUGGCAACAUUAUCUUAAAUGUAAAUGUUCGGAUAAUGAAAAAUUGAUGAAAUUUCAAAGUUUUUUGCGAAAAAAUCCACCACCACAAAAAUUACCAUCAAUACCAUUAUUACGUUCAAUUUGUCGUCAUUAUCAUUGGUUAUUAUGUCGAAUAAAAUUUGAGCUGUUUUUCCAUUAUGUUGAUAAGAAAAAAUUGGAAUCACAACAAUUUGCAUCGAUUAAAACGAUUCUUUCAUGGCAAUGUCGUUCUGCAUUAGUAUUGGGACAGAAUAUUUUUGAAUUUAUAUUCUGUUACAUCAUGGUUUCCUCUUCCUUAAUAUUGAUUGGUUUUCCCUUCAGAUUCUAUCAUUCGAUUGGUGAAGCAUUUCAAUUUUAUCAAUGGAAUCGCGUACCAUUGUUUAUGAUUGAUUCAUUGUUUAUUUUCUAUACAUUUUUCAUUAUGAUACAAUCAUUUACAUUUGGAGUGUAUUGUAAUCUGAUGUUUUUCAUAUUUCAUUGGUUUGAAAUUGAACGUAUGCAACGUAGUUUUAUUCAAAUAAGAAUUGAAAGUCAAAGAACCAAUCGAAUCAUUCUGCUAGAUCGUAUCGCUGUUUAUCGGCCAACAUUACGAUAUAGUUUGUUGAAUCAAUUAAAAAAAAAUUAUCGUGAAUAUCAUCAACUGAUUACAUUGUAUCGUACUGCAUAUACAGAAAUAUGGGGUCGUGUAACAUUUGUUUAUCUUGUCAUUAGUGUACCAUUGAAUGGAAUGUGUGUGCUUACAUUGAAUACACCGGAUCUAUUUUACGAUCAAAUGGCUACCGUAUUACUUAUGCUUAUCUGUCAUAGUCUUAGUAUCACCGUGAUGAUGUUUGGUAUUGCUAUGCAAACAGAAACCUUACAUAUAUUUUCCAAAUAUCUCGUACCUAUUAUUCAAUCGAUUGGCUAUCGAAAUAGUCUGUCUAUUAAAUUUAAAUAUGAAGAUUGGUUCAAUCGUUUAUUAUUUGGACCUAAAUAUGGCCCAAAUCUUACAAUAGCCGGUACAUUGACAUAUAAUUCCAUUGUUAAAGCGAUAAUCAUUUAUAUUGGAUUUUUAAUCUACAUUCUUGAUCAUUUCCAUAAUGUUUAUGAAUAUGAUCAAUAAAUUCAUUUCAAC